GUGUCACGUGACAGUGAGGUUCCCUUAUUCUGUUAAAGAAGGUAGUCGCGCGUUGCGUCACACAAGAGUCGGACAUAUGACUGCAGCGGCUUUUCUUUCCUGGGAGUCUGCAAUGGGCAAAAAACAUAAAAAGCACAAGUCUGAUAAGCAUCAGUUCGAAGCAGGAGAUGUGAUGACCCCAAAGUCACAAGAAAAAAUAUAUGUCAAGGAAAUGAAAAGUAUGGAAGUGGCAAAUUCACAAAAAGUUCUGCUUGGACGGCCCCCAUCUGCAAGUGUGUCCCAGGACUGGCAACAGCCUAAUGACUAUAUGGAUAAACCACUUAAGCUAGUUCUUAAAAUGGGAGGCAGUGAAGUUGCUGAGUUGUCCACAGGAACUGCUGGCAUCGAUUCAGCAUUUUAUGAGGAGAAACUAGACCAUGACAAACAUAAAGAAAAGAAGAAAAAGAAGAAAAAGAAAGGAGAAAAAGAGAAGCAUAUUGUCCCUGAAGAGAAAGAAAAAAAGAAAAAAAAGGUAGAGAAGAAAAAGAAGGUGCGUGAAAAUGCUGGAAAUUUAAUACUAAAAGAGGAACAAUGCCAUACACCACAGAGAGUGGACACACCAACAGAAAAACCUUUAGGCUCUCCAUUAGUAAAGCCUGAAGAGAAGGAGCAAACUCCUCUUCAGGAAGCUUUAAGCCAGUUAACACGACAGCUUCAAAGAAAAGAUCCUAGUGCCUUUUUUGCUUUCCCCGUAACGGAUUUCAUUGCCCCUGGUUAUUCUCAGAUCAUCAAACAUCCCAUGGACUUCAGCACUAUAAAGAGAAAAAUCAAGGACUUUGAGUACCAGACAAUAGAGGAACUGAAGGAAGACUUUAAGUUGAUGUGCGAAAAUGCAAUGACCUACAAUAAACCAGACACCAUUUAUUAUAAAGCAGCCAGGAAAUUGUUUCGUUCUGGAAUGAAGAUACUCAGCCAGGAGAGAAUUCAAAGUUUGAAGCAAAGUAUAGAGUUUAUGGCAGAUCUGGAACAGCCUGGCAGACAGAAGGAGAUGGAAGAUGUAAAACCCUCUGGUGAUGUCUUGAAGAUUUUGUCAUCAACUCUGGAGCCCAUGGACAUACAAUCUGUAAAAAGUCCAAAAAUUGCUAGCAAAGAAAUUAAAAGGAAGGAGAAAGAUGCAAGCGAGGAUAAGAAUGACAUUAAGUUGUUGGAAAAGGAACUGGAGUACAUAAAUUACAUUAUUUAUGCAUCUGGAGGCAAGUUAUCUAAGAGAGAAAUCGACAGCCAUUUUCAGUUUGAAAGAAGAAAACCAGACGGGACAACAACCUUAGGAUUUGUCCAUCCUUCUGAGCCAUUUGCGAGAGGUCAGCCUUUACACAAAAAUGGUCACACACCAUCAAAGAUUGGAGCUCUGAGUGGAAAAUUGCAGAGUGGUGUGAACACAUUACAAGGCUUCAAAGAAGACAAAAGGAACAAAGUUACACCAGUGACCUACUUGAAUUAUGGGCCAUUCAGCUCUUACGCACCAACGUAUGAUUCUUCGGGUGCAAAUAUCAGCAAGGAAGAUUCUGAUCUUAUCUACUCAACAUAUGGAGAAGAUGUCAGUAAAGAGGGAUCACUGAGUAUUCAGGAAUACUUGAAUAAUGCAGAUAACUAUAUAAGCACCAUGGCAGACAAUUUUCUGGAUGUGCUGACAAAUGGACAACAUUCUAGAAUGCUUCGCGAGAUGGGAUUGACAGCCCAAGAAGGAAGGGAACUAAUUGAAGGAUAUGACAGAAUUCGUAAUCCAGAGAUAAUGAAAAAACGACUUCCGGAAAGAUUUGAUUCUGCCAGCCAUUGUAGUGAACGAUUUACAACACUGAAAACUGUAACUGGUUUCACAGCACAGCAAGAAGUAUUCCAGUCAAGAGAGGCUGAAGUGUUCCAGAGGAAACUUGAUGAGACAACACAGUUACUCCGGCAGCUACAGGAUACUCAGAAUGAGCGACUUAGUUCCAAACCACCUCCCAACACAGUUUGUCUUCUUGCACCGUCUGCAAAGGAAAUGCAGCUCGCUGACAGAGUAACCAGGAACCUUAAAGAUCUUGCACGUAAAGUGGCUCCUGGUAAUAUCUGCAGUGUGGCGGGAGUUCGAAAAGCUAUGGGCAUUUCACAGCCCUUGACAACAGUGGAUGCCAGCAUAAUGGACUUUGCUGAUGAUUUUUACAAUCCUACCAUCAACAGCAUUGAAACAUCUACUCCAAUUUCAUUGUGAUACUCAAUAGUAUUGUGUUCAUCUGGGUUCCCUGAUGCAGUUGUUUGAACAUUUUGGUGCUCCUUGUUUACAUAAUACUUUAUACAAUAAAGUUAUAAAAUAAG